GAUGUUUAGCUGGGCUUCUUGCGCAAAUCAACCUGGAUGCAGGUCGCGGCGUCGUGCGUGGCCUUCUCUGGCGCACGUGGCCUCUCUCUUCUCCGAUCCCUCCCUCUCGCACUCGCGGCGCCGUCUUCCUUACAUUACCAGCCGCCGCCUAGGCUUCGUCGCCGGUUCCGCCGACCGCCGCCGCUUCGUGUUCACCUCAGUCAAGCGCCCCCGCCGCCCCCCAGGUCGGGGGGGCACAGCCUUGGGGCGUGCGCCCUCGGCCCCGUACGGUCGCCGAAUCUGGCGGAUGCGCCGCGGAUUCCUCCUCGCCGCUGCCGCCGCGCCGUCAUUCAUGGCGAGGCGUCGCCGGGUGGUGCCAGAGCCAUAACCCAUGCUAUUCAACAUCCCACACUGCAAAUCACAAGCUCCUGUAACCGUCGCCGCCGCCGCCGUCGCAGCUAUCUCCAGCCCCCGCUUCUCCUCCGCGUCCUUGCCCCUGCCGGCGCUAGUUCCGCCGCCGCCUCCGACUCCGCUGCCAGAGGAGAGCCCGUUCGCCGCGCUCCUCGCCUCUGUGCCCCCGCCGCCGGAACCUCUCCGCCAAGUGCUCGCCACGGGCGACGUCCACGCUGCGCUCCGCGGCCUCCCGGGCCUCGCGCGCCAGCUGUUCCGGUGGGCGGAGGCCACCCCGCGCGGCUUCCCCAGCUCCGCCUCCGCGUUCGCGGCCGUCCUCGUCCCGCUCGCCCACGCCAACCACAUCCGGACCGCCUACCCCGUGUCGCUCCGCGCCCUGCGCCUCGGUCUCCUCCUCCCUGUUCUGUCCCUCCUUCUCUCCACUCCCCUCUCUUCCGCUCUGCGCUCCCUAGUGAGCCUCCUCCUACGCUUGUCCACCAACUUCUCGACGGAACGCGAUACUCGCCACGCCACGCCCGCCGCCUGUUCGACGCUGUGCCUUGCCGCCUUCCGCCUGGUGACCUGCCACGGCGUGGCCCCUGAUGUCAGGGACUGCAACCGCGUCCUGCGUGUGCUCCGUGACGCGGCCAGGUGGGACGACGUCCGUGCUGUAUACGGAGAGAUGCUCCAGCUCAGGGUUGAGCCGACCAUUGUCACGUACAACACUUUGCUGGAUUCUUUCCUGAAGGAGGGGAGAAAGGACGAGGCUUCCAUGCUGCUCAAGGAGAUGGAAACCCAAGGAGGUGGUUUCUCGCUGAAUGAUGUCACGUUCAAUGUGGUGAUUAGUUUCUUGGCCAGGGAAGGUCAUCUGGAGAACGCGGUGAAGCUGGUUGACAGUAUGCGGCUGUCCAAGAAGGCCUCAUCCUUCACUUAUAACCCACUUAUCACUGCGUUACUUGAAAGGGGUUUUGUACGAAAGGCUGAGGCUUUGCAGAUGGAGAUGGAGAAUGAGGGCAUUAUGCCUACAGUGGUGACAUACAAUGCCAUCAUUCAUGGGUUGCUUAAAUGUGAGCAGGCAGAGGCCGCACAGGUGAAAUUUGCGGAAAUGAGAGCGAUGGGGUUACUGCCAGACGUGAUCACAUACAAUUCGUUGCUAAAUAGGUAUUGUAAGGCAGGUAAUUUGAAGGAGGCUCUCUGGUUGCUUGGCGAUUUGAGGCGUGCAGGUUUAGCACCGACAGUUUUGACAUAUAACACUCUUAUAGAUGGUUAUUGUAGAUUAGGUGAUUUAGCGGAAGCUAGGAGAUUGAAAGAGGAAAUGGUAGAGCAGGGGUGCUUUCCUGACGUUUGUACAUAUACAAUUCUCAUGAAUGGUUCACGUAAGGUGAGGAACCUUGCUAUGGCAAGAGAGUUUUUUGAUGAGAUGCUAAGCAAAGGUUUGCAGCCAGAUUGCUUUGCCUAUAAUACAAGGAUUUGUGCGGAGCUAACCCUAAGUUCUACUCCUAUGGCUUUCCAGUUGAGGGAGGUGAUGAUGUUGAAAGGAAUAUAUCCUGAUACAGUAACAUACAAUGUUAUUAUCGAUGGACUGUGCAAGACUGGUAACCUGAAAGAUGCCAAACGUUUAAAGACGAAGAUGGUCAGUGAUGGUUUACAGCCUGACUGUAUCACAUACACCUGCUUGAUUCAUGCACACUGUGAAAGAGGACUCCUAAGGGAAGCAAGGAAACUUCUUAAUGGCAUGGUCUCAGAUGGUUUGCAACCCUCAGUUGUGACCUACACCAUAUUAGUUCACACAUGCUGUAGAAGAGGAAACCUUUAUUCAGCAUAUGGUUGGUUCCGGAAGAUGCUGGAUGUGGGAAUUGAACCUAAUGAAAUAACAUAUAAUGUGCUCAUACAUGCACUAUGCAUGACAGGCAGAACUCUGUUGGCUUUUCGUCAUUUUCAUGAGAUGCUGGAAAGGGGAUUAGCGCCAAACAAAUACACAUAUACUUUAUUGAUAGAUGGGAACUGUAGAGAAGGUAACUGGGCAGAUGCAAUAAGAUUGUAUUUUGAGAUGCAUCAAAAUGGUAUUCCUCCAGAUUAUUGCACACAUAAUGCAUUGUUCAAGGGAUUUGAUGAAGGCCACAUGUACCAUGCAAUCGAGUACAUGGAGAAUAUUGUUUUGGGGUGAAUAAAUUGUCCUGCUGGCCUUGCAUCACAGAUAUUUCGUGUAAGAACUUUCUCAUGUAUUGCAGAUUUCUCGUCAUCAGCGUACCAUUAUUUAGCUUUGCUCAUUUCUUCAAACAUACUUUACUCGGAGAUGAUAUGGUGUUUGUGGGCAAGGCAAUACCUUUCGUAAGGGAAAGGAAAAGAGAGUUUGAGACAAUGUUCUCUGAUUUAUGUUGCUGGGUGCUUUCAAAAGGAUAGUUGUGCACACAAAUAUCUCCUCUUGCUGCUCAGGAGAUCAUAGAUGGAGUUUGGGUGGGUGGGUGGGAACUGUGAAAAGAUGAAAAACAAGAGUCUGGAACCAUGAUCUCUUAGUUAAGAAGUUGGGUGCUUUCCAAAAGAAUAGUUGAGCACAAGCAAGCCUUUCUCUUGUGGCUUAAACAGUGUCAGAAUUCUUUGCUUGGCAUUAUACUCAUGGAGAUAAUUUUUUUUUUAAAUGGAAACUGGAUGGAAGGAACACGCUCCGGUUUCUGAAGAUCUUGCAUGAUAUUCUGCUCUUUUGUUAUUUCCUUUUGAUUAUAUGUACUGGAAACCUGACCGCCAUGAAUUCCUGAUACCAACUAUGUCAAAUAGUAAAUGGCUGUGGGGCUUCUGUGACUGAGCUUUCUUCAGUUAUACGUAGGAUUUCUGGUAAGAACAUUCCAAGAAUCUUCUGUAAUAAAUGAUUAUUGUAUCACCAAUUUUGCCAUAGGCAUGUUACAAUAUAUUGACAUGUCAUAUAUGCAGUGCUCAUGGACUGAAGGUUUUCAUGAUAUUAUCAUGUCAUGCUCCUAAAGUACGACAAUUAUUUACCCUUUUGAUUGCCUCUUGGUGUCAUUUGUAUUUUUUAUUCUGUUCACUGUUUUUUUGCCUCUUAGCGGAUUCACUUAUUAUUUAGGUCACUAAUACAGUCUGAAAUGCACACUUGACAUUGAUUUCUGAAUAUCUAUACUAUAAUGCUAGUAAAUUUAUCACGGUGUUGAUGUAAUUUUGAUUAUGAUUCAUUGAUGUUUCCAUCUCACAAAACUGAAUACCUUUAAAUAUAGUACUCCUUCUGGUCUGGUUUAUAAGGCAUAGUCUGACAUGACACAGUCUUCUAAAGUAUACUUUGACCAUUCAUUUAUGUUAUAUUAUAUUGUGUAUGAUUUUAAACUUAUGAUCCUUGGAUAGUAUAUCUGAUUACAAAUCUAAUAGUAUCAAGUUUGUAUUACAAUAAUUAAAAAUGUUUGUCAAAUUAUUGGUCAAAGUUUAUAAAGUUUGAUUGUUGACAUAUACAUAAAAUUCCUUAUAAACUGGAGCGGAGGGAGUAAUUAUUGAAUUUUGAUUUUUUUUACUACAUGCUUUUGGGAUGACAUAAAUUUUGGACCAGAGUUAUGGGACAAGUACUGAUGGCACGCAUGUAGUCUUAACUACUUGAUAUGAUGUAGAAAAAUAACUUAAGCUGACAGUAUAGGUAUCAUAUUUUGAAUUAGACAAGUCUUGAUGCUGCAUGAUUACUACCUCAGGGAAAAAAAAAUAAAACUAAUUAGUUGUUUGCAGCUGAAGUCUCAUCAUUUUGAAAAUAUCUACUGUCAACAGCUGAGGUCUCUUCUCCUACCCAAGAGUGCCUUGAGAUUUCGUUUGGCCCAUCUAUCUACCAGCAUGAACAUAUUUUCACAUUGUGGGACUUAUGAUACUUGAUUCAUGGAAGGGAAGCUUCUUGAUACAGAACUUUCAAUUUGAUGAAACAGACCGGUAGUAUUUAUGGGACAAAUUCCCAACUUCCAGAAGACAAAUAAAUCACGUUCUUGGCAUUACCAUCAUCUUCUGAAGAACCUCCAUAUCAUGCCCACAGAAUAUUUCAGGGUGGCGCAUGGCUCUUGCAGCAGAGGGGAAGGUGUAUUGUUUGCAAUCCAGGGGGCAGAGGGUCCUCUGCUCUGGCACAAUUAAUUUCUUGAAGGCCUGCCUGGACAUUUUAAAUGUGAAAGAAAGCCACCAAUAGUUGAUGGUUGGGACGAUUAGUACAGCAUAUACAGCUUUACUCUGAAAUCUGAGUUGCAUAUUUCAUUAACAUGUAUUUGGUUGUAUCUGUGUGUUUGCCUGUGAGGUAUAUACCGGAGGCGUCUCCAAAUUGAGUAUCCUCCCAUCAAGACCCACGAGACAUGUAACUUCUGCCCAAGAUCCAGCUGGUCAGCAAGCUCUUUGUUAUCCAGUGCUUUGCUCUUGACAUCCCUCCUUGUAUUUGGGUCACUUUUCCCAUACUCAGCUCUAUCAAAAGAAACUAAUGACGUGUUUGGUUCGAUGUAAUGUAACGGUAUGGGACUUCUUAGGGUAUUUGAUAACGUUACAUGUGUUUGUUAUAGGCUCUAUUGGAAUCACAUACAUUGGAAUCGGAUACCGCUGUAUAGAAAACUCAAA